UGUAGAUGUAGGUAGUGUUGUGUGUCACAUAUUAUAAGAGAUAACAUACGAAUAGAAGAGCUGAAGCGUGAUUGCAUAUUAUCAUCGAAUAACGAAAACAUUUUCCCUCAACGCUAAUAUUAUUCACGUAUCGUAGAAGCGUUUCACAGUAUAGAUGUAGUGAGACUUUCGGUAGCCGUUAUGUCACAACACUGCUGGAUAACGACAAGCUCGUCUGGCUGUGGGAUUACAGGUUACCGGCCAAUGUUUUGAACUCGUGUGGUGUCGAGGUAUGAGACUCAUUUUGCAAUAUCCACAUAUUGAAAUAUUUGAAAUAGGUGCCAAGCGCUAUGAAAUCUGAAACGGUAUAGCUUCGAACAGCAAUGAAUACCACGGCCUUUCCAUCUCCGACGGUUUUUUACACCUACGACUAUGAUUCUGAGAAUCACACCGUCACGACCUACGGUUACAUCUAUACCUCAUCUGAAAACGACACAUUUGCGGAGGAUGCCAAUAAAUUUAUUUUGCCAGUUUGGAGACAAAUACUUUGGAGCAUUCUGUAUGCGGGGAUGGUCCUUGUAGCAACAGGUGGAAAUUUAAUAGUUAUUUGGAUAGUUCUGGCACAUAAAAGAAUGCGAACCGUCACCAACUAUUUUUUAUUGAACCUUUCGGUAGCAGACGCGAUGGUAUCUACCUUAAAUGUGACGUUUAACUACGUAUACAUGCUUAACUCGCAUUGGCCGUUUGGAAGUUUAUACUGCAAGAUAUCUCAAUUUAUAGCCGUUUUAUCGAUAUGCGCUUCCGUUUUUUCUCUCAUGGCCAUCUCAAUCGAUAGGUAUAUGGCGAUCAUGACACCAUUGCGACCUCGGAUGGGCAGAACAGUAACAUUGUGUUUGGCAAUGAGUACUUGGUUACUGGGAAUCGCGAUCUCAAGUCCUUCUCUAUUCUAUUACACAACCUAUGUGGAACAAUAUAGUGAAGAACAACAACGAAUUAUUUGCUACGGAGCUUGGCCGGAUGGCGACACCAACGAAUCCUUGUAUGAAUAUAUGUAAGUACCAGAUAUAUGACCUUGUAGUGUACAUA